GGUCCCGAUCAGGAUGGGUCCGACACUGCAGUAAAGUCGGAAUCUGUCCACUCCCACCUUCGCGUGGGAAUACUUGUACAAAAUCAUAUGAAAUGAGAUCUUCAAGUUACGCUUGCUCAUGAGUUUCAAAACUCUCAUCGAGCAUCCAUGACAUUAUGGCAUAUCUUUGAGUCUCACAUCACUUCUCUUCCACAAGUUGUUCUGCAUGAUCACAUUGACGGGAUGGAAAGUGACGAACGUCCCUAACGGGCUGUGUUAUUUUACCGUGUAUCACAUUUUUAAAUCACAAGAUAAGUAUUUGCAAAAAUGAAUACUUGUUUUGUUCAUCGCAUCACAAUAUUUCUGAUACUUAGAUGCUGCCAGGAAGUCGGAAUGGACUUUUCUCUUUCGGAGCAUCGAAAAACACUGGUUUUUCUUUUUGGUUUACAAUAUCUGAUGGUCUAAAAUACAGAAAAGAAAGAACAUUUGGAAGAAAACACACAAAAUAUGACGGUGCAGUGCAAGAUGGAUGAGUAUAAGCAAAGCCUACUUCCCAACUAGUGUGCAACGUAAGAAAAGAAAUAAAUACAAGCGGUGGGCUCAUAGUAAUCUAUAUAUCGCUUCUCGGCCUUUUCGGCUAAUACUUUUCAUUUCAGUUAAGUUUAUUAUUCAUUUAUUAAGAAAUUCCCUUGUCUUUUACUUCAUUGUUGUAUUCACUUCAAUAAUCAAUCUUCUUUGGUAACAUAAUCAUAUUGUCUGUGCACCAUUACGGUGCUUUGCUAAUAUAUAUUUUCAGCUAGCAAAAUGAGUAUACGUAACAACAUCUUACGCUUAGCAGUGAAGGUAAUCCUUCCGGAAAAUUUUUCUUAUGAGCCCGUACAUAUUGUAAAGGUUGCUGCUGAGCAUGUAGGUGACACAGCUAUCACCGGCUUUUGCACUCUUGAAUCGAAAAACAAUUGGUAUUUAUUCCUUGAAAACAGUACCUCUAAAGAGAAACUGUUAGAUGUUGGAGCUCUGACAGUCAAAGGUCAAAAUCUGUUAGUGUCUGAUGCCUGCUCGUUAACACGUAUCAUUCACUUGCACGGUGUCCCACCACCUAUCUCGGAUGAAACACUAAAAGCUGUUGCAUCACGAUGGGGUGAAAUCGUAAAUUAA